AUGUUAAAGCUCAAGAUUCGUAUAGAGCCGGCCGGCUACUUCAAAACAGAGCCUGAAGGUCGGGUCGGCACCCUGACCCCGACCGUCUGCGCCGCUCACUGCAUCGACCGUGGCUACAUAUUCAUGGGUCUUGCUUACGGAAAGAAUUGUAAAUGCGGCAUGGCAUACGGAAAACACGGACAGCUGGCAAAGACCGACUGUAACGUGGCGUGUCCGGGUGACGUCAGCGUCAUGUGCGGAACGAGCAGAGUGAACUCGGUUUACAGAAUUUACAAAUAUGACGACUUCAGCGAAUUGCUAUUCCACGACAGCCUUGUGUCCGCAGGAAACGGGCUAACACGCAAUGUAACAGCAAGCCCGGCAGUAGGUGUCGCCUCGGUGUUAUUGUGCGCAGGUCACUGCCUUGAGUCGCCAUCUUGCUUUGGAGUCGUUUGGAUUCCAGGAAGCGUUAACAACUGCGUGCUUAUCUCCGGUAUUGGCAAUCCAGGCGUCUACACGAUUCCCACAGGAGGAAAAUUCUAUCACGUAUGAAUAGAGUCAGUGAGUGAUGAGUUUAUCAUGUAUCUCGUCAAUGAGUUUCCUAAUUCUUUACCACCAUCUGUUGGAUUGCUGUGUUUGUUUGUUUGUUUGUUUGUUUGUGUGUGUGAGACAGAAUUUGCGUUAUAUCAACAUAUCUGCCGGACCCCGGGUUUUGACGAUGUAACUGAUAAUGUGAUAAUAAUACUAUAAACAUAGUGUUAUGUUAGAGUAUGUUCAUCGGAUUUUAUGAUGAGAUAAUGGAAUAGUGAGAUUGAUGAAUCUAUUCCAGGAUAAAUCUAUGUGAUUUGAUGGAUCAAUUGCAAUUAUAAAAU